AUGAUCACUUUCUACGAUAUUCCCACCAAAGCGGCUGAUUCUCCGGGAACUAUGAUAACCUGGCGAACGAGGUAUUGUCUGAACCUCAAAAACCUGCCUUACAAGACUGUCUACAUUGAGGUCCCUGAUAUCGAAGCUCUCGCCAAGAAAAUCGGUGCUGCUCCCACCGACAUGUGGCCAGAUGGAGUUACCCCCAAAUAUACGGUUCCAAUAAUCCAGGACCACUCCACGGGUGCUGUCAUCUCCAACUCGCCUGCCAUAGCCGUUUACCUUGACAAGACCUACCUCUCUAUUGGACCCGUGCUCAUCCCUGCCGGGACUAUGGCCCUCCAGCUCGCCUUUCACCGACGCAGUGAGGAGCGCAAGGAGAUGUGGGCUGUGACGAAGAAGAAUCUGGGGAAGAUGGAUAAGUGGUUUGAAGGGAGCGAGGGCGGGGGUGACUUUGUUAUGGGCGAGGAACCGUGUUUUGCGGAUACGGUGCUUGGGGCGUUUUUUUGGUUGAUUAGAAGCACAGUUGGAAGGGAGAGCGAGGAGUGGAGGGAUAUUGUUACUUGGAAUGAUGGGAGGUGGGGAAAGCACCUAGACCGCUUGGGGCUGUAUGAAACGGUUGCGUAA